ACUGGCCCCAACGCUGUCUCCCUUGCAGUCCGGGGCCCGCGGUUCAGGCGCCUGAAGAUGGGAGCAGGUCACCGGCUGGACGUGAUGGCAUCUGGAGUCUUUGUGCUUGGCAUUGGCCAUGGGAACAAGCUGCUCACUGACCUGUACAACUGCCACCUGACCAAGGUGUACACUGUUGCUGGGCUGUUUGGUAAAGCCACUGAUGACUUCUCAGACACAGGAAAGCUGAUAGAGAAGACCACAUUUGAUCAUAUCACAAGGGAGAAGCUGGAACGGAUUCUUGCUGUCAUUCAAGGGACAAAUCACAAGGCCCUGCUGAUGUAUUCUAACAUUGAUAUGAAAUCACAAGAGGCCUAUGAACUGGCUGUCAGAGGGUUGAUUCGCCCUAUGGAGAAAAGCCCCCCAAUAAUCACAGCAAUCCGAUGCCUCCGGUUUGCACCUCCAGAAUUCCACUUAGAAAUCCACUGCUUGCACGAGACUCAGCAGUACCUCCGGAAAAUAGUCCACGAGAUUGGCCUGGAGCUGAAAUCCUCUGCUGUGUGCACACAAGUGCGGAGAAUCCGCGAUGGCGUUUUCACCCUGGAUGAUGCUCUCCCCAGAACACAGUGGGACCUGCAGAGUGUACGGAAUGCAAUCCAGAACUGUGAGCUGAAAGUGAAAGCAGAGAUAGAGAAAACACUGGGAUAUCAGGAUAACAGUCCUCUUCAUCAGCUGGAUGAGGAGACAGCCCACGCUGCAGACAGCUGAGUGUGCUGCAGGGAACACGCUCGAGCAAUCCUGCAGCACAGCACUGCAGCAACACACCCACGGUGUGAUGGACAGCAGAAGGAAAGAGGUUCAUUGCAGUUCACUUCCACCCUUUCCUUGAGAUGACUUUAGUCAGAGGCUUUUUUCCCUUUGCAGUGACAGGCUGGAUAAUUUUUUUAAAGCAUCACAAGCAGUUCAUUACCAG